UAUUUUAUUGAUAAAUACUAAUUCGUUAUCAUCUUUUGAGUUUAAAAAGGCAAGUAAACUUGACAGGUUAAUAGUGAACAAACCGCUGAUCAAGUGAUUCAAGUGCCAGAAUCAUAUUUCAUAAUACGAGAUAAUACCGCUUGCUGACAAUGUGGAGUGUGGCGCAACUCUGCCGGUGCUCCUUUCGGUCAUCGCUCGUGGUGGCUGGGGGACGGAAUGGAUUCACACAGAUAGCGGCCCGGCAGCUGGCACCUGCUCGGACAAGUUCUACUUUGGGAUGCAGCAAAAAUAGAGUAUUUAGGAUAAGCGAGCUCCUUAAAUCCAACAACAUAGUAGCCCGUCUCUGUACCACAUCACCAAAGCCUAAACAAAGCAAGGCGGUCGGCUACUGGCUGCUCGGGUGUUCGGGAAUGGUGUUCACUGCAGUUGUGCUAGGUGGUGUGACACGUCUAACAGAAUCCGGUUUGUCUAUGGUAACGUGGAAACUGCUAGGGGAAAAACUUCCCACCACCGAGGCGGAGUGGGAGGCCGAGUUUAAUAAGUACCAGCAGUUCCCAGAGUACAAGUACAAGAACCAACACUUAACCCUGUCAGAAUUCAAAUGGAUCUGGUGGAUGGAGUUCGCGCACCGCUCGUGGGGGCGCUGUAUCGGGGCGGCCGUGUUCCUGCCCGCUGCCUUCUUCUGGAUGAGGGGGUAUCUCGACAAGGGGAUGAAGGUCAGGGUGGGGGUGUACUGUGCCCUAGUCGCUGCUCAGGGUCUAAUGGGGUGGUACAUGGUCCGUUCCGGUCUCGAGGACCGCUUCCAAGGUCCGUCCGACGUGCCGCGCGUGUCGCAGUACCGCCUGGCCGCACACCUCGGCUUGGCGUUCAUUCUGUACGCUGGCUUACUUGGAGGGGCUCUGAGAGUUCUGCGGCCAUUCCCACCAGGCACUUUACAGAUAAUUAAGGAGCUGAAAAGUGUGACGGCGCUUGCACAUUCUGUAAAAGCGAUGGCCUUCUUCACUGCAUUAUCAGGCGCCUUCGUAGCGGGUCUAGACGCAGGCCUGGUCUACAACUCGUUCCCCAAAAUGGGUGACAAUUGGAUACCGGAAGACAUUUUAGCCUUCGUCCCUACUGCGAGAAACUUUACCGAAAAUCCUACCACUGUGCAGUUCGACCAUCGCGUGUUAGGUACGACAACAUUGGCGUUGGCGACGGCGCUGUUCGUGAAGUCGCGCCGCGCGCCGCUGUCGCCGGCCGCCCGGCGCGUCGCGGGCGCCGUGGGCGCCAUGGCGUGGAUGCAGGUGGGUCUGGGCAUCGCCACGCUACUCCACUACGUCCCGACUCCUCUUGCCGCGAGCCACCAGUCCGGCUCUCUAGUAUUACUUACGUUAGCUAUCUGGCUCACUCAUGAACUCAAACUGCUCAAAUACAUACCUAAGUGAAGAUAACAGCCAAAGGG